AUGCCUUCAACCAUCUCUACUAUAGAAAAUGCUUUUGCUUUGGUUCCUACUCCUGUUUCAAUGGGUAGUAAUGAAGUUUAUCCUUCUUCUGAUAACAAGACACUUAGUCUGAACCAAGCAAGAAGAACUUCAGUAAGAACUUCAAAGUACCGUGGAGUCGCCAGACAUAAAUGGACAGGGAGAUAUGAAGCCUAUUUGUGGGACAACAGCUUCAUUAAAGAAGGUCACAAACGAAAGGGUAGACAAGGUGGCUAUGGCACUGAAUUGGAAGCAGCGAGAGCAUAUGAUAAGGCUGCUCUCAAGUAUUGGGGUGACAAAAGCACAAUAAAUUUUCCAAUAACUGAUUACAAAGAAGAGCUCGAAGUCAUGAAACAGAUGACCACAGUAGACUAUACUAAUUAUCUCAAAAGAAAGAGUAGUGGCUUUACAAGAGGCGAAUCAAUUUACCGUGGAGUAACAAGACACAAUCAAAAGCGAAAGUGGCAGGCCAGAAUUGGAAGAAUUAAUGGAAACAAAGACGUAUAUCUGGGAGCAUACAGUACCGAGGAAGAGGCGGCUGUGAUAUAUGACAUUGCUACAAUCAAAUUUAGAGGCAAUGAUUCAGUUACAAACUUUGACAAGAGAUUUUAUAGCGUUGCAAAGAAUUAA